GCAGUAACAUUAGAGCUUUUGCAGAGCCUUAGAAAGAAGGACUGGCACACAGGGAAAGGGUCAGUGCUGACAGGCAAACAUCUUGGACCCAGCAAAGGGAUGGAUUUCCCCCUGCAUCUGGUUCUCUGUCUUCAGCUAGCAGUCUGGACUGCCACACUGGAAACCUCUUGUAACUUUGGAUGGAAUUGCUCCUGGGUUUCAUCUACCAAUGCCUCUGGAAAACCAGACUGGUUACUGUCUUCAGUUGUGGCUCUGACUUCUCAGCAACAUCAGCAGAUUAUGGAGAACAGCUCAUCCAACAGAAAUCUAGAAGGCGAUAUUCUUCUCUUGAACACCAGCAAGAUUUCAGGCAGGUGCAAAUUUAGCCUCAACAGCCCAUUCCUGCCUUGGAGCUCCAGUUCCUGUCUGUUGGAGCUGUCAGUGCAUUUGCAGGGGAUCUCUCUAGGAGGACUCUCUGCUGAAAUGCGAUAUGUGGACAUUAAUCAGAGUGUAGCCAUCCAUCUGCAAGAAGGACAUGAGCGGCAUGCCUGGGUGAAGUGGAAAGUGUUGAUUGGUUCAAUUGGACAAAUGGAAAGGCCCUUUGAGAUCAGUUUGCUGUAUUCAAGCUGUGAAGAAAAGAGAUCUGGGCUUUUAGCACUAGGCUCUUUGCAGCUCAGAAACUGCUUUCAUGACAAAGAAGUUCCACAUCUUUCCCAAUAUGAGAAGGGUUCCCCCAUCCUUUGCCCACAUGAGGGCUGUGUCAGCAACCUGCAGGUCUGUGAUUUCAACACCAAUUGCCCCACUGAAGAUGAUGAAUCCAUAUGUGCAGACAGUCUACCAGAGGGGGCACAUUGUUCUUUUGAGGACGGUCCCUGUGGCUGGACAAUGGAUGACAAAGUGAAAUUUUCCUGGUCUAUUAGUGGCUUUUCCAAGAUGCAAGAAGACCCCUUUGGAGGAUCUGCCUUACACACUACUGGAGGUCACUUUUUGUAUCUGCAUGUAGAUAGCAAUCACACAGAUGGUGUUGCCCAGGCACAAAGCACCGGACUCCCAGACAGUCUUGCAAGUGGAACCUACCAGGUCCAGUUCUCAGCGUACAUUUUUGGCAAUUACAAUGGUACCAUAUCGCUCAUUGUCCAAGAAAAGGCAGAUGGAAUCAGUGCCGCAUCAUUGAUGUGGGAAAGAACAGGGAGUUGGAGUGAUGACUGGUUUCUUAUAACUCUGGAAAUGCCAAGACUUCAAAACUGCUUUCACUUGCAGCUCCAGGCUACUUGGGGCUGGAAUUCACAUGCUGACAUUGCUGUGGACAAUAUUACAUUUGGUCUACAUUGCUUCUCUAAUGGAAGAAGACAAAACCACCCUGAUGAAAAGCAACACUAUCUAUGGGAUAUUGAUGCAUUGGAUGAGCUUCUCUUCAAUCCAUUGGAAGAACCCCUUCCUUUGGGGGAAGCGCCUGUUAUCUCCUGGUGGUUUACAUCAUGUGGGGCCAGUGGGCCUCAAGGGCCAACUCAAGCACAGUGUGACAGCGCCUAUCGCAAUACCAACAUUUCAGUGACUGUGGAGAAAGAGGGACAGCUACAAGGAGUGCAAGUAUGGAGAGUGCCAGCAUCAAACCGGUAUACGAUUUCGGCGUAUGGAGCAGCUGGAGGGAAAGGAGCCAAGAACCACUACAAGCGAUCUUAUGGGGUCUUUAUUUCAGCCAACUUCCAACUAGAGAAAGAUGAGCAUCUCUACAUCUUGGUGGGGCAACAAGGGGAAGAUGCCUGCCCAGGGGGCAAUUUUCAGACAAAGCAGAUCUGCCUGGGGGAAUCCUCAGAAAUUGAAGAAGAAUACAAGAAAGAAAAGGGACUAACUGAAUGGGCUGGUGGAGGAGGUGGGGGAGGAGGAGCAACUUACAUCUUUAGACAGAAGGAUGGAGCUUUUGAACCCUUGCUUGUUGCAGCAGGAGGUGGAGGGAAAGCUUACUUGGAAGAUCAGGAUGGCUCCCUGGAGGAUGUGUUCUUGGAACAAUAUGUGAACAGCACAGCAGUACCUGGAGUCAGUGGGAGAACUGGGGCAGCAGAAGAAGCCGGAAGAUGUGGUCAGCAUCCUAAGAAUAUCAGUUUACACAGGAAGGAAGCAGGAGAUCAAAGGAUAGGUGGAGGUGGUGGUUGGGAAGAUAUCACCCAAUUUCCAUGGGCUGGGAAAUCACUUCUGGAGGGUGGAGAAGGUGGUGAGGCCUGCCAGCAAGCUCUUGAGAAACUUCAGUGGGCCACCUCAGGUGGUUUUGGUGGUGGCGGAGGAGCUUGUACAUCUGGUGGAGGAGGUGGAGGCUACAAAGGUGGUCAUGCCUCUGAAGUUGAUGACAUCACAGCUGAUGGGCGGCAUGGUGUUUCCUUUGUGAAUCCAGCUGUGGAGAUCUUUCUGGGUCCCCUGGCAGUUAUGGAGAGUCAUGGUGAAGUGGUGAUUGAGGUCUUCGUGAAUUGCAGCCACUGCCAAUCGGGUAUCUGCAAGCAGAGUCCUGAUGCCCGCCUGCCAAUCUGUAUUUGUUCAGUCGGGGCCAUCUUGGCCAGUGACAACGUAUCAUGUACAGUUCUGCGUGAGCCUAUCCCAGAAGGACACCUGCCUCUUCCACUCCUCGUGGCUGUGAUUGCUGUUAUUGUGGUGCUUGGAAUGGCUCUCAUUUGCGGCAGCCUAUCAUUUGUUUAUCAUCAUAAGAAGCAGCAGCUGAAAGGGGCCAGAGCCCAUCUCCAAAGCCCAGAAUAUAAUCUGAGCAAAAUCCGCACUUCUACCAUCAUGACAGAUUAUAACCCCAACUACAGUUUUGCAGGAAAGGCAGCCACACUCAGUGAACUCAAAGAGAUCCCACGGAAGAAUAUCUCCCUGCUUUGGGCACUUGGACAUGGAGCAUUUGGUGAAGUUUACAAAGGAACAGUGGUAGGAAUCACAGGAGACCCCAGCCCUCUACAAGUGGCUAUCAAGACAUUGCCAGAAAUCUGUUCUGAGCAAGACGAAAUGGAUUUCCUAAUGGAAGCACUGAUAAUCAGUAAGUUCAAUCACCAGAAUAUUGUGCAGUGCAUUGGGGUAAGCCUCCAAACCUUGCCUCGCUUCAUCCUGUUGGAGCUCAUGACUGGUGGAGAUAUGAAGAGCUUCCUUCGGCAGAACCGGCCUCGAGUGAAUCAUCCACCCACUUUAACAACGCAGGACCUGUUGAAUAUAGCCAGGGACAUUGCUUGUGGUUGCAAGUAUCUCGAGGAGAACCACUUCAUCCAUAGGGAUAUAGCUGCAAGAAACUGUCUUCUAACUUGCACUGGUCCAGAGCGAGUAGCUAAAAUUGGUGAUUUUGGAAUGGCCCGGGAUAUCUACAGGGCAAGCUACUACCGCAAAGGAGGGCGCACCAUGCUCCCAGUCAAGUGGAUGCCUCCAGAGGCUUUCUUAGAAGGAAUCUUCACCUCCAAGACCGACACCUGGUCCUUUGGUGUGCUGCUUUGGGAGAUCUUCUCCUUGGGCUAUAUGCCUUACCCUUGCAAAACCAACCAGGAAGUACUAGAGUUUGUCACCAGUGGAGGACGAAUGGAUCCACCUAAGAACUGCCCAGGGCCUGUUUAUCGCAUCAUGACCCAGUGUUGGCAGCAUAGUCCUGAGUACCGACCCAACUUCUCCACCAUUUUGGAAAGAAUCAAGUACUGUACACAGGACCCCGAUGUGAUCAAUACAGAGCUGCCCAUUGAAUGCAGCCCAACAUCAGAGGAUGAAGGAACCACUAUGUUGCAUACAAAUAGUUCCACUGGGAUGAUUCCUUUGCUGGGAAACUCUUCACCUCAGAUGAAUUCCAUAACACUGGAAGAUCAUAAUUCAGGGAACAAAUACGGGCAAUGCCCACAGGAACUGCUAGUGGAGAACCUUGGAAACUGGACAGCCAGAGGCCCUAGGGUGCCUAGCUCCAGUGAUUCCAGCAGUGGGACUUGGACUCCACCAUCCCUGAUCCAGAAAUUGGAUUCUGCCAGCCAGCCAGCAUACAAGCUGAAGAAUAAAACCAAAAAUCUUUGGAACCCAACUUAUGGAUCUUGGGUCCUGGAGAGCAUUUGCCAACCCAGCUCUAAGCUCAACACAAUGCAAGAGCGUGAAGAUUCAGGCUUUGAUGGGAACUGCAGUUCCUCCCCUAGUUCUCGGGCAUCACCCUCAUCUCCAAGCCAGAACCAUUCUCCUCGCAUUGAUAUUGGAGGGAUCGAACUGGUGAAGCUACAGAAUUUCCCCUGUGGCAAUGUGAAUUAUGCUUAUGAUGAUCUCUGCUAUGAAACAGGACGGCCUUCACCUUUGGCAGGAGAGCCAACCACAGUCUUGAGGAGCACCAGUCUGCAUAGAGAUGGCAAGCUGUUCGCUAAGCCAGAGAAAACCUCAAGAGAGAGAGACUCUGGCCUCUCCUUGUCUGAUGACCUGAGUGUUACACCUGUAUAACAGGGGAUGCUUUUCCAAAGAGUAAGGCCUUUGCUCUGGGAGUGAGUAUAUCUGCCCAGAGCGAUUAGAAAUGUCAUUUCCCCCCCCCUUGUCUUCCUUUCUCCAUGUUCUAGAAGCAGAUGGGUUAAUUUUGUCUUGCUCUGGCCUCCAGCACUUUUGAAUGCCCAAUGAAGUACUCCAAAAUAACAACACUGGCUCUAACCAGUCAAUAGCAGCGGUUGCAGAAUGUAAUGAUGCCCCUACUAGAAUCAAUGGUUGAGGGUCCAAUGGACCAGGGAGGUGUUCACACCCACCAAUCACCUCCAGUGAAAAAUUGCCUCUACCCUCAAAUAGGUAGGAAAUGGCAAAAUCAUGAGCUGCCUAUAUAGGCCAGUGAGUGGACUGUAAAACGUACUUUCCAGCUGACUCGCUACUAAAGUUGGUGUCCCAAGCGGGAAAUAAAAUCAGCUGGGUUUGCAUUGGACAAAAUGACUGAAGACACCUACUAACAAAAAAUGGCAGACCAGUCUAUUCACAAAGAAAUGUGAAGUUAAGGAGGGAGUACAACAUAGUUGCAUUCUUCAGCAAGAGCAUUAAAAACUCAGCAAACAGACAAAGAUUUUAAAGGAACAAAUGGAACAGUAGUAAUUCACACUCCAGUAGUAAUACUUUUUAUAAGCUGAAAAUUUAGGCCACAAUUUUUAUAGAUGUAUAAUAUCAGAGUUCUUCUAAAGUGAAAUGUGACAAGGCUGUUACUUGAAGUAAGGCCAACAAGAAGUAUUUUAAUUCUGAAGAAUACUGACUUAAUAGGUAAAGGGUGGUAUUCAUUCAUAUACUAAAUAGCAGGAGGGAUGUAUACUUACCACUGGUGAGUCACACCAUGGAGCGGUGACAUGAAAGGGAACUUUGAAACCGUGUUGCCCUCUUGCAGAAUAUAAACAGAGUUCCUUAAAUGGAAAGCCCCAAUAUUGCACACAAGUCAUUUCAGGAACACUUAAUCCCUUUUACACAAGAGAACAUCCAUCUUGGGUGUCUGUCAUGUAAGGGAUAGGUGACACCAGAGUUUUAGAGCUCUUGCUGGCUUCAGUGUGACGUAUGCUCAUUUGAAGCAUACAAAUGCAGGUAGUGUUUUGCCAAAUGUAAAAUGUCCUUCACACAGACAGAUGUUUGAGGCGCAUCCAGGAAGCAACAUCCUCUGUAUUCGGUGACUUUGAAAGGAAAUAAUUUAUGUCCCUCAUUGAGCUCUAGCUUUAAUCUUUCAGGUAGAAAGUAGGUACACGUGGCUUGUACACAUAACUGGUCACAGAAUGUAUAAGAAGAUUUGUUUUCAGUGCAUGUGCUCAACUUCUGCUGUGACAGAGGAAUAAGUCUAUUGGUGGGAAAGUGGAACAGUAGAGAGCUGAAGAAAUUGUUCUCCGUGUCAUACCAGCAAAAAAUGUUAAGUUCUCUAUUGAGGGUGUUCUCUGUAGAUGAAAACAUUUGUAACAUUCACCUACUUAUUUAGUGUCAGCAGGUGGUAUAGAAUGAUCACUUUCUUCAGCCUGUUUCUAUUAGAUCUUCUAAACAUAAUGUAAUAUAGCAUCUGUACAUUUGAAAAAGGAAUUUGUACUGAGAAAAAUAGCAUUCAUGCAGAAAAUAUGCAUUUGCACACCAUAAUUACCAAAUGAAAACUGGGUGCAGGUAUCUACGAGGUGGGAAGUCAUUAAUUUCAUUUUUGCAGCUCACAAUGCUGCCCCCCCAACCUUACCUUAACCUCCACCAAAAAGCCUGACAUUUCAGAAUACAGUUCCAAUUCACCAGCCCACACAAGAGCUCCUCACCACCAUCCUUGUUAUCAGAAUUGAGUGUGUGCCUCCUUGACCUUCUCCCUCACAUAAAUUUUGGUUAUAAUCUUAAACACACUAGAGGAAACAAGAGCCAUGGAAAUCAACAGGACUGCAUUUUGGUACUGCCAGCCUCCCAUUAUAGUGAUGUGAUCGGUUUUUCAAACUAAGUGAGAGAAGGGAAAAAUAGCUUUGCUGUACCUAUUUUGUAUGAAGGCAGAUUCUUCAUGCGCUCAGAUUGUUCCUCUUUGGGUGGUUCUUAAACACUGCAUUGCAUGAAGGUCUUUUCAGAUAUUUACCACCUUAUCAUUUGAUAUAAAGUAUAAAUAAUAUGUAUAUGUAUAUUUGUGCAUCAGCAACCCAUUUCCAUUGCCACUUAAAGUGAGAAUUGAAUCAGACCCAAAUACAUCAAAGAAAACAAGUAAGAUUUGAGUCACAUGUUGGCAGGCAUGUGUAGUGAGACUAGAUACUACAUAAGCAGGGAACACCCUCAAAGGCUAGCUUUAUCGAUUUUUUUUCUCCUUAGUUAAGCUCAAUUAUUAAGAACCAUUUCCAAUAUACUAUUUAGUACUGCUCUUUUGGGAAGAAAACUCACUUUGUUUCCAUGUUUCAUCUGUGUGAUAUAAGUGUGUAGGUUUAUAUUGAACAGUUUAUUAGAACAGAUGAGGUAGGCUUUAUAACAGAGACCAACAAAAAAUAAACAAAUCCAGAAUUAAGUUGUUGGUGUUUCCCACUCCCAUGCACUUCAUUUAAAUACAUUCUGGGUGGAUCUUGAUUUCUACAUAUCCCAAGGUCAUUUCCUUUCCUAGUAAUUUCUCCUCAUUCCAGGGCACAUCUUGUGUCAUUCUCUCACAUUUAAGUUUAUCCAGACACUGUUUAAUCCACGUUCCUGUUCUGUCUCUUUCUAAGCUGAAAAACUCUACUCCCCUUUAAAUUUGGCUGUAAUCAACCUCAUUUCCAUUUUUGCCUUUUCUAGAGCAAAGAAUCCAAACAGUUUUCUAUGAUGGAGCUAAGAACGGUUUCAUCCAUACUUUUAUACUUACAUGAAUGGCUUUUGAUCUGUGAUUACCUCGAUGGAUGACAACACUGCUUGCCAUCUUGCCCUUUGGGGUCACUGUAAAUAUGUGAAUCACAAGCCAGCUUCUAUGCAAUUUCAAAUCAGAUAAAAAUGUAUACUUCUAUAUUUGCAACACAUAAAUAAAGACAUCCUAACACAGAUGUUCAGUCUUCUCUGUUGACAACUAACUCUCCUUGGAUAAAAGGGAAAAAAUGAAUGUCAUAUCGGUUUUAAAAAUAAGUUAUCAACUAGUUUGCCUCUUAUUUUGGAGAAAUAGGUAAUAUAUUCUCUGUAUCCACAUGUGUCCAUUAGACAAUAAGAUGGACAAUAGUGGUGUGAUUUUUUAAAAACAAGAGAAUAGAAAGUGGUCUGACAGAAAUAUCACUUGUUACCUCUGGCCAACAGGCUCUGGAUGUUUUUGAAACGAUAUGAACUCUACACACUAUCAGCAGCAAUCCUGCUUUCAACCUACCUGCAACUCUCCAGAAUAAAAACAAAAUUACCUAUUAUAAUGUGUAAAUAGUGGUACCAGUUCCACAGAAAUUCCUGGAACAGGAUCACAUUCUUUAUUAGCUUCUGAAGGAUGCACAAAGGUAACCGAGGCAAAAAAAAAAUACUAUAAGCAGUAACACCUGUAUAUCUUCCAUCAUACCUCUCAGCAUUACUUUAGAAUAAAGUAAAUGAAACUUGUUUCUGAUCUCAUCUGGAUUUCAAUAUUACAAACACUUGUAUUUUAUCAUUUAAGAAAAGGCUUAAAAUUAUCAUUUAAGAAAACAAUUGCUCUUCCACUA